UCAGAUUUAUUUUUAUUUUGUUUUUUUAUCUCUAUUGUUAGAGUUAACAUUCAUUUUACAUAUAUUUUUUAACGUAUUUAUACAAUACAUAAUACGUACAUACCUAUUCAUCUUGGGUUUUUCACAUAAAGCUGCUAACUAGAAAGGCUUAUAGUUAGCUAAUCUUCGCAAGUAUACGUGGACGUGACGUGAGUCAUCGCCUGGGUAUCGCUGUCAUAGAUUGCAUCAAUAUUUAUGCCGUGCAUCGCGUGUGUGUGCAGAUUCGUGUAUGUUAUUUCGCGUUAAAACAAAAGCUAAUUUAUACGCGUCAAAUUUUUUGUCGGUCAAGUUACUCCCGCAUUUUACGGAUCACGUCGUGCCGCGUCUGCGCGGAUUUGCGCUCGAACAGAUGCAAAAAAAUGUCAUACGUAGUAAUAAUUUGAAGUUUGACACACGGGAAAUAUUACGUGUGACAAGCAUGCUUCGUUAGCGGACUCCCUUGUCAAGAGAUAUUUCGGUGAUCAUUAUGUCCGACAAGCCUUUUAAAGCACAAAACGCUUUUCAUCCCGCGGAUCCACCGCACGGCAUGCAAAAUUACGAUGUGGGCGCUCUAACGAGAGAUCAGAAACGAGCUUUGAACGAAAUGAAAAUGAUCACUCGAAAAGAAAACGAGGUUUAUCUUAAAGCGCACCCGGAAAUCAGAUGUUUGAUCUCCAUUUUAUUGAGGCACGUCCUAUCGGAGCGGCCGCUCAUCGAUAUUCCCGAGGUUGUAGGUACAUUUUUCAACAGACCACGUUGUGAAAUUGUUGCUGACCUUUUGGAUUACUUGUCGUCCACCGAUAAACGAUCGCACAUAACGGACGAUCUUCGACGGGAAUUGUUUCGAACGACCAGCGUUGAAACCAGCAGUAGCAGUGGCUCGAGCUCACAAUCCGAUUCUGACUUGUGCGACUGCAGCAGCAUGAAUUGCGACUCAUAAUUUUUAAUAGCAGUCCAAUUAUAGUCAACUUACACUGCUUAAAUUUGUAUACGAAGAUGUUUGUAGCGAAGAGAAGCAACCUAUCCAUUCUAAUAAUAAUGCGAUUUGUACGAUCCCGUCGAAAGAACUUAUUAUAGAUUUAGAUUUAGUAUAAAAUUAGUUCGACUUAUGUAUAGCGGAGCUAAAUAAUUUAUAUAACGUCCCAUAAAGAACUCACGGUUGUGUUUCCUUUAUAUAACGCUAUAUAAAUACUACCUGUCAUUAUAAUCCGUCUUACAUUGGAAUCCGAGUCUUAUUUCUAGUGUUUACCUCGCGUACGUCAAUGUGUGAUUACACCAGUGGAUUAUACAGUUACGUACGUAUUAAUCGCGCAACCGGUUCUGCGUAUACGUUACUGCUGUUAUUAAUCUAAGCCUUAUCCUAUUUAUUAAACGGUCGAACAGGCGACAGUGCGUACAGCCAUUAUUUGUAAUUAAUGCGCGCGACAUAGGGAAAGUAACGAGCGCGUAUCGAUUAGAUAAAAAUGGAGUGCGAAAACGCGGCCCGAGUUACGCCCGAGUUACCUGACAAUAUUCAGCGACACUAUUUAUCUGGUCGUGCUAACGACAGCGGUUAUCUUGCAGAGUAACAUGAUGGGCGGUGAGGACCGGUUGCAGCGAUGCCGAUCGGCGCUAAUCUCGAUUAAUUAAAUUUUGUUAACUUUAUCUAUGGGGUGUACCGGAACUGUUAUAUUAACGACGGUCUCGCCGGUUAAUCCCACGACAAUUUUUCUUUAACUAAAAGCAAUGGAUUGACGCGGAUUGUUCUCAAGAUGCGGUGAAAUUGAGUCACACUUUCGGAAAGAAGACGAAUGAUGACAAGUAAAAUAUUCGAUCAUUAAACAUCCUGUGUAGAAAUAUUGGUGAUUUCAAUAAGGACCUGAUUAAUUUACUUGAAUAUAAAUCGGUCUUGUAUAGCAUGGAACAAGUUGAAUAUAAUAUUGGCUCUUAUAUGGAAAGAAAAGAAAAUUUUAAAAUAUUUUAAAAUAAAGUGUUAAUUAGGUGCUAAAGUCUGAAAUUUAGGCGCUCGAACGUUUGGUAGAAAAUUAAAAAAAAAAUUAGGUGGAGCUUUCUCUUUCUCUGGUUUAAGUUGGCCUCCUCCCCAACAAAAAAUAAAUAUUUCUUACGUAAACGAAAAAACAAAUACAGUAAAAUUAAGUGCUAAUCAGAUGCUUCAAGAAAUAAUAAAAAUAAAUAAUUUCUCACUCACCAACAUCAUUCACGACGUGCAGCAGCGGAGUUGUAACGCCACGUUGAUCUGCAACAUACAAAUACGAAAUCUAGAUUAGCGCUCA